AUUGAAAUAUUACGCUGACAUGUUGGGAAAAAUAAAAACAAAACAAGAAAAGGGAGAAAUAAUUGCAUACAGUGAGGCAGCUGUUAUGAACAAUGCUGCUGUUGUUGAAUAUUGUAGAAUAUCUAUGGCAGCAUUAUCAGGAGGUACUGCUGGAUUAUUAGGUUUAACUGGAUUAUACGGUUUUGGUUUCUAUAUCUUUGCAGUUUUUGGAUUAUGGGCAAUGUUACUCUUAAAGGCUGGUGGACAAUGGAAGAAAUAUUUUAUUAGUAGAAGAAAUCUUUUAACUAGUGGAUUUUUUGGUGGACUUUUUACAUACGUAUUAUUUUGGACUUUCCUAUACGGUAUGGUUCACGUGUACUGAAGAAGAAGAAAAAAAAAAAAAGGUAUAUUUAAAAUAUAAAUAUUUUAUAAUGAAACAAUUGAACAAUAUGAUCCAUCAUCAAAAAUAAAUAUAUGUACAUAGCCCCAAGUUAGAAAUAUUUGCUAAAAGUAUGAUGAAGAAAACAAGUAUUUGGGUGACAAAUGAUUAACUUUGGCACUUGUAUAAAACGAAUUUGUAACUCUGGGAUACAUUCAUAUAAAAUAAUAACAUUGAUUUACUUCACAUUCCACAUAAUGAAAAGUUUAACAAAGAAAAA